AUGCGCACCUACCAGACCAACUGCCACAACGGAUGCUGGGAGCCGUUGCAGGACAGAGCCCCGCCCCCAGGGGGCGUGCUCCGCUCUGCAGCCAUCGCUGCCUGUGAAAUGACAGAAUCUCAUGGACGCAGCAUCUACUUCCCAGAGCCCUCUCCUGGGAACAGAGCCCCUGAGGGUUUCCAUUCAUCUGGGGCUGGAGUAGCAGAACCUGGCUCACCAUCUGCAGUGCUGGGAGCGGAUGUGACCAUGGACCCUGGUGCCUCCAGGACUCCUUUCAUGGAACUGCCCGUUCCUCUGCCCACUGCUGGCCCCACACACAGGCCACCUUUCAAGCAGCACCUUUCGACCCUCACGACCCAGUCAUUCCCUCCUGACCACCCCCUGGUGCUACCAGCUUUGCCCAGGACAAAUGUGGUGGCAGGAGAUGCUGGUCAAGACCUAGAUGGGUCUGGGGCCUGUAACAUCAUAGACCAGGUCAGGUCAGAAGUGGAGCAACCACAGUGCCCCCAGACUCAGAUCAUUGACCUGACACAGGCUCCCAUCCAUGGGAGUGCUCCAGGUGCCAUCUGUGGAGGUGUGGGUCCUGCACCCCUUAUCUUGGAAGCCUCAGCAGUGGAGAGGAUCAUGCCUGCCUCGGCUUUUGGAAACACCCAGGCAGGCAAGAAAGGCUGGUGUCCCGGCCUUCCUCCUCCAGCUCCACCAGCAGCUGCCCAGCUGGCUCCCAUCAUCCCCCCAGUGAAUGCUGGGCCACGGUCGCAUAGAGCUUCCAGGGAGGGUGGCCUGGCCACCUCCCAGCCCAAGGCCCCGCCGGAUGACUCCUGUAACCCCAACAUUCUAUACAGGGACUUCCGACAUUGGCAGCUCUUCAAGGCCCUGGCCCGGGGGCACCUUCCCCAGAGUCCUGAUGCGGAAGCUCUUUCCUGCUUUCUCCUGCCAGUGCUCCGGUCCCUGUCCCGCCUGAAGCCCACCAUGACGUUGGAGGAGGGAAUUGGGCAGGCCAUGCAGGAAUGGCAGCACACAAGCAACUUUGACCGGAUGACCUACUACGACAUGGCAGCAAAAUUCAUGGAGUUUGAGGCGGAGGAGGACAUGCAGCUUCACAAGUUGCAGGUGACGAAAGGGGCACAGGGUCAGCCUCUUCCAGCCCCACCGAGACCUGAUCCUCAGGGUUCCCCCGCCACAGAGGUGGGCCCGCAGCCAGCGAACACUCCCAGCACCCAGUGUGCCCACCCACUGCAGCAGCCAGGGGAGACCGAGUCACCCAAUGGCAUCCCCCCUGAGGCCGUGCAAGAGUACAUGGACACCAUGGACUAUUUGGAGGGGUUGGCGCACUCAGCCUCGGGGGAGCCAGGUGGAGAACGGAAAGAGGACACUAAGGAGUGGUAUGAGGAGGAAGGUUUCCUGAGCUACCUUGACGAGCUGUGCUCCCAGAACGACUUUGUCACCCAGUUGGAGGAAGUCAUUCACCCGCUAUUCAUAGCACGAGCGCUUUCCCCAGGAGCAGACAUGGAUCUCUUGGACUUGGCUGAGAAGAUGGAGCAGGAAGAAGGAGUCUCUCCUGCCCAGCUGGUAGAGGAGCGGCUCCUGGCCUCAGAGAAGACAGAGGGUGUGCAGGCAUCCCCGAGUCAUGGCGCAGCCCUGUGGGACUCACGUCCUUCUCAGUCUGUGGCUGGCCACGAUGCCCAGAGCUGUGACCUCGGCCCCCAGCUGGGGGGCAGUGAGAAGGCCAGCCCACCGGAGACCGACUUCAAGGACCGUCAAAGGCCCCAUCUAACAGACGCCCACCUGUCGGGGCCCAGGGCUUCUGCUGUCUCUUCAGGACGUCAGGAGCACCCACCACUCCGGGCUCAAUGUCCCCCCUCAACUCCCCAGGAUCGCGGGUGCACUUACUCUGGACUGGGACCCAGGGAGGCCUCCAUUCCCAGAGAGCCCCCUCUUGUUAGGGAGCCUCGCAGGCCAGUGGACAGGUCCAGGGAGGAUGAGGGGGACCUGCCCAGCCUGGCCUUCCUCUCGGCCUCUCCUAAGAGCCUGCUGCCCUGUGUGCUGUCCCUGAGCCCUGUCCCUGCCUCGGGCCGUGUCUGCCCUGGAGCUCGGGGGUCCCGGGGAGCUGCCCAGUCUCGGUUCUAUCAGACACUAGGCCUCAGCCGAGCUCCACCCUCAGCUUCCAAGUCCAGGAAGCAUGCUCUGGGUGGAGGCCUGGUCCAUGCUGAGAAGACCCCCCUCCCAGGGGCAGAGCUCGGGGUCUCUGGGAGGCCAGCAUUGGCUCUGGGGCUGGGUAGCUCCUCACAGCCUCAGAAGAGAAAGAGUGACCAGUCUGUCCCUGGGGGUUGGGCGAAGCGGCACUGCAGCCAGGAUGUAGCUGUGGGGUGUUCCUCCCGCUGCCAGGCCCCCGGGGGGCCCAGACUAGAUGUGACCUGGCUGUCCCCCAGAGGAGCCAAGAGCUCCUUCUCAUCCCAGGGCUGA